CUGUAAUCUAAUGUCAGAAAAUGGCAGUAGUAUAUUUACAUUUGUUUUUUAACUUAUUGUAUUUAUUUCUUUGCUUUGUCGAUUGAAAAAUAUUUGUGAAUAAUCAAUACCAUUUUAUGGCCUAGAAAAGUCGUUCACAAUCAACAAAAAACAUAAAUAAUGCGUGCUAAACAAAAUAUUUCGAAAAAAUUACGUAAGUUUUGCCGGCGCAUCUUAAUGUCGCAAGCAAAAAAAACAGAAGAUAUCAUUUUACAGUAUGAGAGUGUGAACGUUAACACGUAUUUGCCUGCAGGGACUGCUGGCUAAAUUAAAUAUUCGACAUUUUAAGUUAAUUGUUAUAACUGAAAAUAUUUAUUGAAGAUGAAAGAAUGGAUCAAGAUCACCUUGAUUUUGUGCGCUUUCGGCACUUUGAGAGAAAUUAGACCGUCUGAACCUUUUGUUACCGAGUUUUUACUUGGAGAAUGGAGAAACAUAACUGAGAAUCAAUUGAAUCAAGAAGUUUAUCCUGUAGGAACAUAUUCAUAUUUGGCUCAACUUGUAGUUAUAUUUUUGAUAACCGAUUUUUUACGAUUUAAACCUGUCAUCAUAAUUUCUGGACUAAGCGGUAUUUCAGUUUAUGCAGUAUUGCUAUGGACUGAGAGUCUACAAUGGCUGCAAGUUUCACAGUUCUUGUAUGGAAUGUAUAUGGCUACUGAAGUGGCAUAUUUAACGUAUAUUUAUGCCAAGGUAGACUCAGCUAAAUAUGCCGCGGUGUCUUCAUAUACGAGGGUAGCGGCUCUCACUGGUCGUUUUUUAUCUGGACUCAGCUCGCAGUUACUAGUACAUUAUGAACUCAUGGAUUAUAGAGAUCUCAAUUAUAUAACAUUUACAGCUCAGAUCCUGGCGUCGUUCUGGGCGCUGUGGCUACCUUCUGUCCCCUACGGCAUAUACUUCCAGCUCAACGCAGUUACAGAUGUGGUGCAUAAGAAUACACCCGACGAUAUAAAUAUAGAUAAGCGUUCGCUUAGUGCGAAUAUGCGCGAGGCGAGCUCGUUGAUAGCGCGACACGCGCGCGCUGCGUACUCGCGGCGCAGCGUGCUGGCCUGGUCCGCGCUGUACGCCGCCGCGCUCGCGCUCUUCGUGCAGGCGCAGACGUACGUGCAGCUGCUCUGGAAACACAUACAGGAGGAAAGUCACACUCCAGUAAGUCAUACUAAAUACUAUAUCUUACUAAUUGUGGUGGGCGCGCUGUUAGCCUCGUACUUCGCUAGAGCCGCGCUGCCCGCGCCCGCGCUGGCGCUGCAGGGCGCGGCCGUGUUCGUCGCCACGCACGUACCCAACGUGUUCGUGUCGUACGCCGGCUAUAUUGUCAUGGGAAUGCUCUAUCACUUCACUAUUACUAUGGCCAGUGCAAAAAUCGCCAGUCAGCUAAGCAAUGAGAGCUGUUUUGGUCUAAUAUUUGGAAUUAACACGCUUCUGGGCACCGGCCUACAGUCAUUGCUGACUGCUGUGCUCAUACAAAGUCUGCGGCUGCCAAUCACCUCACAGUACUAUGCUAUCAGUGCACUGUACAUACUUGCUGCCUCCACUUGGCUGUUUGGAUGGCUCCUCACUAAUGUCAAACAGAAGAAAACUAUAAAUAUUAAUAAUCAGUAUUAAUAUAUAUUUUUCAUAUUGACAAAUGGUUUUGUAAUAAAUGAA